AUGGCAAGUCCGCCCAACGAUCGCGAGAGCUUCCUCUCCACGCAGCUCAAGAGCGCCACCGUGGAAGAGGGCGCAGAAUGCGGCAUCUGUCAGGAUCUCCUCAAAGAACCGGUCAAGCUACCAUGCGACCACGUCUUUUGCAGAGAGUGCAUCACGCUCUGGCUCACAGACAAGAGCACCUGCCCGCUCGAUCGUGGCGUGCUCUUCGAGAGCGAGGACGAUUGGGAGACUGACGAUGAGGGAGAAGGUCCGGAAUCAGUCGAGGCCAUGAUUCAGAGCCUGAACGAAGGCGCGAGAGAGAUGGAGAGAGUAAUCCCGGCGAUUCAGCAAGCUGUCCGAAAGACGCGCCGCAAGGUGGAGAAAAAGUUUUACGGGCUUUGGGGCUCUUCCAACGAGGGUCUAGCAUCACAAAGCGAGAUCGAGCAGGCACGCGAGGAACGCAAAACCUUUCAGAAUGCUGCUGAGGUACUGCGAUCUGGAGAGCAAGAUCAAUGGAAAGGAGUCUACACAAAGUUCCUGGCCAAGGCUACCGAGGAUUCGGGUCGCGAGAUUGACAGCCUGGACGACAGCCAGCUCGCAGAUGCAAUCAUCCUCGCGGAAGCCAGACGAGCGCAACUUCUAAUGGCUAUCACAUCAUUCACAGCGCUGAUAAACAUGGCAACGACCCUGUCUAUCCUGGUAGAUGUCCCACCCGAACUUCAGGGGAUCUCAGCGCUGUAA